AACCUUACCAAUUAGUUAAUUAUUUUAUUUGUUUUCGGAAAUUUCGAGACAUUUAAAAGAAGGCCUCGAUUUACAUAAUCACGGUGUGACGUUUUACAUCUCGGAGGCUUUCGGUUUAUGAAACCCACAUUUGGGGAGGGUACAGGUGUCGUGUUGCUUCUUUGUAACGUUUAAAGUCAGGCAGAAAAUGCAUCGCGAGUUAUCGGACUAAUGUACUGUAAAGUAAGGGCUUCAGCCUGAAGAGGUGAGGAAGAUGGAUGUUUCAGACAAAGAGGUGGAACUCAAACUCUGUGGGUUGAAGACAGACAUUAAUUUGCUGAUUGAGUGUCUAAAAUAUCAGAUGGAUGACCCACAUUCUCAAAAGCAAGUUCUAGUUACCAUUCAUUCCAUCUGCCAACAGAACGGCGGGAUUGUAGAUUAUGUCCGGGAGAUCGGAGGUGUGAUGUUUGUGUACAAGCUUUUCAAGUCUGUCCAGAAUUCGGAGGUAAAGGAGGCAGCUCUGUUUGCUUUAGGAGGAUUUGCGGAGAAGAAUGUAUUUUGCCAGCAGGAGUUGUGCAACUCAGAAUUUCUUGCAGAAUUAGCACAGUCACUCUCACAGGACUCUUCUCUGAACCUCAGAAGGGUAGCAGUCUACAUGAUUUCAGUACUGGUCUCCAAUAACAAAUCUGGACAGUCUCUUGUUAAAACUACUGGCUGCAUUGAUAUCCUAUUGAACUUAUUCAGAACAUGCUUUCCAAUCUCAGAAAAGAACAUAAAACAAGCAACCAUCAGCCAGUACUUUUGCCUGUGGACUUCUGUGUCCAGCGCUCUGUGCAGCUGUGUCAAUAACCCGCAGAAUGAAGAGAACCAGCAAAUAUGCACAGUUGCCUUUCCAGUUUCCAAUGAGUGGCUGCAGAAGCAUACUAGAAGAGAUAUAUUACAGCCCAUUUGUUCAUUUAUCGGCUUGACUGUUGCAAAUAAUUCCUGUGCACAGAGGUGCUUUGCCACAUCUGGAGGAUUGGUCACUCUGGUACAGGCCCUAGUGCAACAGGCCAGCCAGUCAAACAGGAGCCCCUCUGCCUGUGAUCUUGCCAUCAUGAUGACAAAGACCCUGUGCGCUUGCAUAGCAGAUAAUGCUCCCCUUGGUUCGGGCCUGUCUCAGUAUCGGCUGGUUCCCAGGCUUCUGUCCCUGCUUUCAUGUACAACGUUGGAUCCACAAGACCUGUUAUGCAUUGUGCUCACUCUUGGUUAUUGUGCUGAAGCCUGUGAGGAGCACCAGGUCCAGCUGUUGCAGAGUGGUGGCCUGCCCAAGAUGAUUCAGUUACUGACUGAGCCUCAGGAAGAGGAAGUGAAAAAGGCUGCUACUUUUGUGCUUCAGACCUGCAAACAAAUCACUGAAAAACUAGCAGUGGGCCUGAAUAGUCAAUCCUGGGAUAGCAGAAAUGAACUGGAUAGCUAUAAGACGUCAGCAGAAGAAAUGUUAAGGAGGUUUGAUGCAAUAAAAAAGCAGUACUCUGAGGGCCUGCACAGGAAUGAUGAGUCUGUUGAGAGUUUAGGUGAUGAAUUUUGUAACUCCAGACACCAAAAAACGUCAAGCUGUGGAAUGAUGGCAGAGGUGAGACAGAACUCUCCCUUGCAGCUGCCUGUGGAGGCCCCGUACAGGACUGCGAAAGGGAGCGAUGAGGAGAGGGACAGGCUCUUCCAGUGGUAUAAAACCGUGAAGGCGAAUAGAGAACGUGCUUCAGAUUAUACUGCACCAAAAGGCACAGGGAAAGAAACAAAUGGAAUAAUUGGAAGUCAGACAAGGGACCAAAAGGUUCAUAUGGACCAAGGCCAAAUAAUCUGGGCUAACAAAGAACAACAAGGUGCUGCAAGCAACCCUGCAGCACAGCACUAUUCUGUGAACAGAGAAGAAGUGGGCAGGAGCAGUGGAACAUCAGAGCCACAGGGUGGAGCUGUCUGCUCUGGAGACUAUAAGAAACACAACAUCAGUUGUGGUGCAUUGAAGAGGAAGAGCAGUCUGCCAACCUCACUGCCUGUUUUGGGACAGCCAGAGACAUUAAGAGAGCAGGACAGAGAUCACAGAUACCCUGCUAGGGACUCGCAAAGGCAAGUUGUUUUCAAACACCCAGCUCCACUCUUGAAUAUUGAUAAAAAACAGAAGAAAAUUGUGUCUGUCAAAGAUCCCAUUGUCAUAUGUUCAGAAAUUCUUGACAAUGAAAUAAGCAAUAUCCUGAAAACACCAGCAUCUGUGAAUAAAUAUAAAAACUUUCGAUGCUCAGGCUGUGUGACAGGUGUCCGUGCUCUGAACAGUAGGAAUUUCAGCCAGAUCCUCCGAUCGUGCCAGUACAAAUGUGAGAGGCAUAUGGUACUUUUGGAAGCGGAGGAUAGAUACAAAAAGGGAAUCGGAAAGUUAUUAGAACAGAAAAGAAACAAAUUGGAUUCCUAUAGACAAAUCUCACUGACACCAUUGAAAAAACAGACAUCUUUCAAGAAAUAUCCUAAAAACCUAUGUGAUAAGGCAGAGGGAAAGUGGAUUACUUUGACUCCUGUAAAAAAGUCUUUUAUUUCCAAAGGCUUGAACUGGAUACAAAAUGGGAGAAGACCAAUUGCUGCUGAUUGCCAGGAGAAAGAGAAUGGGAACACCUAUUCAUCUGAUGAAUCGAUAGAGCCUUGUUUCAGUGAGUCAGCCAGGACACAGGUAGCUACAAGAAGGCAAAGAAAGAACUUCACUGAGAAGGAAGUGCAGUAUUUGUUGGAUGGAGUGAAGAAACUGGGUCCUCGCUGGAAUUCAAUACUUUGGUCCUAUCCUUUUCAGAGUGGACGGACAAAUGUAGACUUGGCAAAGAAAUACAGCAAAUUACAAAAGGAAAAACAAGACUGAAGUCACUUAAAAACAUCAGAGAAUACUACACUGUAAAGGAUAUUGCACACUAUUUAAAAUGGUAUGCUUAACCUUGUGAAGUAUAAUGUCUAGCUUUUAAUUGUUUUAUACACUUUUAAUGGAGGUAAAACUAUUCCAUUGUUUGAAAGACAACUUCCGUUAUCUGAUGGUAUAUAAGAUUUGUUUGUGAAGUAGGAAAAACUUUUUUUUUAAUAACUAAAGGGGGGAUUCCUAUUUUAAUUAAAAGGUAAGACAGUUGUGGCCAACUCUUUGGAUGCUUUUUUCUAGAACAAAGAACAUGUGACCUCCCUUUACUCCAGUGUGGCAUUGCUAUGAUCUGAUAUUUAAACAGCCAGUUGUGCUAUGAUGUUGUGUUUGACUAAAUUCAGUGCAGUGGUUUUAGUCAUUUUUACUGGUCAGACCAAUGUCUUGUGUGAAAAACGUUUGUUGAAGGUCUUUGUGUAGAAUUACAUAAUUUUCUUCUCCCCAGUGAUUUAAUUAAAAUUCAGUUCAUGGUUCCCUAAAUAAAUGUUCAAGAUGUA